AUGAAGUAUCCGCAUAAUCUCCAAGAUCUAGACCUUCAAGGGUGCUAUGAGUUACGUUCCAUGCCCAAAGGAAUUGGGAGAUUAAGUAAUCUCAAGACAUUGUCAUGGUUUCAUGUCUCGAAAGAUGAUGAUGAUGAUGGUUGUGGGAUAAGGGAGCUGAAGGAGCUGAGGCAGCUUGAGGGUGCACUUUCCAUCUGCUCACUACAGAAUGUGAUUGAUCCUUUGGAAGCUCAGGAAGCUGAUUUGAUGAGUAAACUGAAAUCACUGAUACUCCGUGGUUGUUUCCGAAUACGUGAGUUACCUAGAGGCAUGAAGUAUCUGCAUAAUCUCCAGCAUCUAGACCUUCAAGGGUGCUAUGAUUUACGUUCCAUGCCCAAAGGAAUUGGGAGAUUAAGUAAUCUCAAGACAUUGUCAUGGUUUCAUGUCUCGAAAGAUGAUGAUGAUGAUGGUUGUGGGAUAAGGGAGCUGAAGGAGCUGAGGCAGCUUGAGGGUGCACUUUCCAUCUGCUCACUACAGAAUGUGAUUGAUCCUUUGGAAGCUCAGGAAGCUGAUUUGAUGAGUAAACUGAAAGUCGAUGAGUUACAAUUUUGGUGGGAUGAAAGUGGUGAUAAAGAUGUUGAGGUUUUUCAGAGUUUAGAACCUCACACUGAGCUGAGUAGUUUAGGUAUCUUCUUUUACAGUGGGUUUACAUUUCCAAGAUGGUUGAUGAUUGAUUUGCCAAGCUACAACAAGCUAGUCUCUUUGACACUCCACAGCUGCUUUGAAUGCCGAGUCCUCCUUCCGAUUGGGGAACUACCCCUAUUUGAAUUUCUACAGUUACAAAACAUGGAGAAGUUGGAAGAGUGGUCGUCUAGCAGCAACUCUAGACAGGAGGAAACUGAUGAAUUCCCUAGCCUCCUAAGUCUAACCAUUCAAUUCUGUCGAGAACUGAGGAUACUACCACAGCCACUUCUGUCAAGUCCGAGACUAUGUGAAUUGCAUUUUGAGUGCUGUCCAAAGCUCAGGAUGUUGCCUCAUGCAGGAGCAUUAAGCAAACUCACCUCACUCAAAAAUCUUCGUCUUGGGGAUGAGAUGGAAGGGUUGAUACAAUUUCUGGAUGAGACAGAGAGUCUACCUCCAAAUCUUAAUCGCCUUUAUAUCCCUGAUUGUAUAUCGGUACCCAAGGGGUUGAGAAACCUGUCUUCAUUGAAACAUCUGGAAGUUUGUCACACUUUUAGAGCCCACUACAGCCCGGAGGAGCUCCCCGUAAAUGUCAUCGUUACUGAAAGCUGGUACUGA